GGUCCGGUUAAUUCGUGACGUCAUUAUUUUGGUAAUCACAGAUAGUCUAGAAUAAAUUGUUUUCCUGAAUUUAUCUUCCUCGUUUGGAAAUAUUAAUCAAUACUCUUCAGAUUUCUAGAACGAAAGACAUUUUAGGAAAAUGUCAACACCAUCAGCACCUCCUCCUUCAUAUAACCAAUCAGCAGGUUAUCCUGGCAAACAAGAAGGGUACUCAACACAGCCAGGGUAUCCUCCCCAAUCUGGGGGAUACCCUCCCCAGGCUGGGGGAUACCCCCCACAGGCAGGAGGAUAUUCCCAACCCCAAAGUGGAUAUCCACCAGGGUACUCCCAGCCAACUAAUUAUGGUUAUGGAGCACCAGUGGAGCCUGUGCAUGAUCCAGAGCCAAUGUUUGUGGGUGGUUCCUUUAGUGACAAGGCUGUGAGGCGAGGCUUCAUACGAAAGGUCUACUUGAUCUUGAUGUUACAGCUCACGGUGACAUUUGGAUUUGCCUUUCUGUUUUCUUAUGUGACACCAGUUAGGAAUUGGAUGCGGACAACUGGAGCCUGGUUUUAUUAUCUGGGAUACGGUGUUUUCCUUGUGACCUACUUUGUACUGGUCUGUAUCCCCUCUGUCAGACGGAAGUCUCCGGGAAACUUCAUCUGCCUGGCAAUUUUUACACUUGCACUGUCAUGGAUGGUUGGAACAAUCAGCAGUUUCUACACCACAAAUUCUGUGUUGGUGGCAGCUGGCAUCACCGCCGCAGUGUGUCUGUCCAUUUCCCUGUUUGCCAUUCAGACAAAGAUUGACUUCACCAUGUGCUCAGGAUUACUGUUUGCCUUGGUGAUGGUACUCUUCUUUUUCGGCUGGUCUGUCAUGAUUGUUUAUUUCACCGUUGGAUACAGCUACAUCCUUGACUGUGUCUGGGGAGGAUUGGCCGCUCUGGUUUUCUCUAUGUUCCUGGUGUACGACACUCAGAUGGUUGUGGGGGGUAAGAAACACGAGCUCGACCCUGAGGAAUACAUCUACGGAGCCCUCCAGAUUUACAUUGACAUUGUCUAUCUUUUCCUCAUCAUUCUAUCACUGUUUGGCAAGAGCAAUUAGAAAUCAACCUGGAAUUAUUUUUUCAACCUUUUGAACAAUGUGAAAGCUAGGUUAGGUGAAUGUACAUGUACCUUAAAGUUUCUGUAUUUUGUUAGUCAGUCGUAAUUGGACCUUUAAUGGAUGUCAUGAUUUCUUGGUAGAAAAAUUUUUAUGCAUAUGGUUUCUUCCUGACUUUUUUUUUCAAUGUACACCUCUCACUUCAGUACGGGUGGUUACAGCACAAUUUUAGUGCAUGAAUAUUUUUUAAUUAAGAUUUAUUUUUACGAUAUUUUUGAAUUUUGAAAAGUCAAUUGAUUUUACUUUAGUUUAUUUGAAAAGCAUCAAUAAUGUUCACUAAUUGUUUAAGUACUAGUACAUGUACAUGUAUAUUUAAAUAUUCUCCUUUUAUAUGCAUGGUUAAGAUUUGAAGUAAAAGGCAAAUUCUUAAGUAAUUUUAGCAGCAACAGUGUAAAUUUGAGAUUACUGGGUACUUUUUUAUAAGUAUAAGUAGGACAUAUAAUUCUUUAAAUUUCAUUUUAAUCAUCAGGAGGUAAAUUGUAAAGUUUUUAAAAUUCUAAUUUCAUAUUUCAUCAUACAUUAUGUACCAAUUGUUAUAAAUACAUGUAUUAAUAUUGUACUGCUUUAGUGCUUUGUUACUCUGUUGUACAGAUGUCAUAUACCAUACUAGUUGACUCAAACUUGACACUCUCUCAAUUGAUUACAAUCAAGAAAAUGUAUGUGAUAUGCUUUUUUUACUUCAAUUUUUGAACUAAAUUUGUAAUUGCUCUAUAUUGAUUUUUUUCCAAAUUCUAUCUAUCUUAUUAUUAAGAUGACACAAUAUUACCUGCAUAUACGUAUGAGAUUAUGUUCCUAUAAUCUGAAAACAAUCAAGAGACUUAUAAUUCUGUUUAUAUGUUUAAAAGUUUUAUGAAUGUGUUUCAGGCAACAGGAAAAAGAAAAGAAUAAUUUGUGAAAAUCUUUAUCAAAGUACUCUUUCUUCCACAAGUCUAAUUUCAAUAAAUCUUAGUAAAAAUUUACAAGCAGUAUAGGAUACUUAACUUAUACAUUGUACUUCCACUGUUACAAAUCAGUAGAGCUACAUGUACAGUCUCUUCAGAGAUAUUUGGUAGUAAUUAAUUUUAAGCACAGUAUAUUGUAGCCCAUAUCUUACAAGGUUUAGUGUUAGGAUUACAUGAGAUUAGCAUGUUAUUUUUAUAUAUAAAAUGUCAGCAAUUUAUUUAUUAUGCCAUAACGUCUUUGACUUACAUGAAACAGGUAUUUCUUUUAGCCACAGAUAAAUGACAUUAAAAUACUGAAUCCCAUAACAUCAUUUUCUAUUGUGCUAUCUCUUGGGGUACUUUUUAAAUCAUUUUUUCUGCAUUUUUGAAAGAUGUCCGUUUUCUAAAUAAGUUUUCGUCUUCUUUUAGGAAAUAGAGGUACAUAGAAUUAUUGAUAUAUUUCUAGAAAACGUAAUGCAUAAAAACUAGUCAACAAAUCGAUUGUUAAAUUGUUGCCAUAUAACCUGUUGUUAAGUUUUAUGUUUUUGCUCAGUUAGAAAAAAAAGAGCUUUAUUUCAUUAGAAAAGGGAAUAACUUUUCCUUGCCCUAGCCAUGAUUAAAUACAUUAGUCAAGAUAACUGAUAUGACACUUCUUGUAUUUACAUUAUGUGCAUUGUGUGGCAUUGUCAAAUUGUAUAGUCACAAAUUGACAGAAAAUUCUUAAGGUUCAUAAAUACCUGUACAGUGGCUGUACUCUGAUAUAUGUCUGUAUGGGAUAAAUGUUGUCUAUUUCUUUACAAAUUACCCGGGUAGUCAUGUUGUAAUUUCAUUUUUGGCAAGUUUUGCCUCAUGCGCUAAGGUAGAAUUGUUUGUAUUCUUCUCAUAAAUACGAUUCUUUUGGAAAAUCUUAGGAGCAACAUUUUCUGUGAGAGAAUGGAGUGCUUAUAAACCAUAUUUUAUUCAUUGUUUAUGUAUCUUAAAAUCAUCAUGGUUAAAUUUUUGUGUACUGUAAAUCACAUUUUAUUCGCGAGAACUUAAUUUUCGCGUAAUUACGCGAGACAAUGAGCUCGCGAAAAUUUCACUCUCGCGUUUAAAAGUAUUCCUUACGAUUAUAUAGAGGAAAAACAACAAUUCGUGAAAAUUAUGUCUCGCUAAUAAAGAGUAAAUGACUAUCUCACGAAAAUAAGGUGUCGCGAAUAUUUAGUGAUCUACAGUAUACACUUGUUUGGUCUUUUGUUUGUUUUAUGACCUUGUAGUUUGACAUCAGGUAAAUGUUGACUUAAUGCUUUAGCCAAAAAUGUUCAGUUUGAGCUGCAGCCAGCAGAAAGUUGCUUUGAAAAGUUUGUAAAAUUUUGAUAAAAGAACCAAUUGAACUAAUCAAGAUAUUGCACACUUUCACCCAACAAUUUCAUUUACUUGUAAAUCUUUAUUUUUUAAGUAAACCACUAACCAUUCCACCUUUCAGUUUGUUUUCUGUCAAAAAUUUUAUUACAUGAAUACAUAUCCUCUUCAUGUAUCUUCUGUUGUAGCAUUAAAUUUGUAAACAUGAUUCUUGAAUUACUGUAUACAGUUUAAUUAUUCUUCAUUUCUUGUAACUUAUUUUUUUUCUUUUUGGCAUUUUCUGCACAAACUUUUUAAUUUCUGCAUUUUAAAAUUGUUGAAUUCUAUGUAUCUGUCAUAUUAUUGAUUUUCAGUGAUGUGUGAUAUUUUCUCUACAGUGGUAUUUAUUUAAUGUUGUUUGAAUCUGUGGUGAAAAAAAGGAAUUUACAACUGUAGUGAAAAUUACUCUGUAUACAGUAUUUCAACCCCGAUUUGUAAAUUGUAGUUGUUUUGUGUUAAAUAAAAGAUGUUACACAAAAU